CAUGCGUAAUGCGAUGUGUUGACUGUUGCAACAUAAACAAAUAUGUAAACAAAAAUGUUUGUUUGUUUUUCGUGUGGGGUAUUACAGGUCUGAUAAGGCGUAAUGAAAUAAUGCGAUAGCAUAUUGUGGUGCAAGAAACUUGUCGGCUUUACUCGCAUGAGUCAUAUAUCCACUUAAAAGCAAUGGCAAUCAAUUGUUAUGAUUGUUGCAUGUUUUUAGGUUAGUUGUUGGUUCAAAGGCAGCAGUAAACAAGGCGCUACACUCGUGCAGUUUAGCUUGUAAAAUGAACACUAGUUACGAUGAAGAAAAUUAUGCCUACAGAGUACAUGCGGGAUACAAUUCAGACAAUUACAGUAGCGACGACCAAAGUGACUUUGACGAAGUUUACGAAAAGAACAAACCUCCACCUGUUCUAAUAGACCACAGUAUCUAUCAUGUUAUAAAAAUAGAGGCCUUUCAAGAGGUUGUAUCGAAAAAGAAUUCUCGAUAUGGCCUUUACAAAAAUAGUCUUUCCGCUGUAGAAAAACCUGGGGUGCCACUUCAAAUUCAACAGGGGGAAGAUAAUGUCGAUGAUAUAAGCAGAAAAAAAAAUGUGAUUCAAAAAUUGGGAAAUGAGCAAAGUUUUCUGGUCCAUUCCCUUGAUAACAGUGAGUAUAGAGAAUCAGAAAAGGCGUCCAUGAAAACUGUAAACGAGUCAGAUAAGCAAAAAAAUAACCAGACACAAACCAAAGCCAGAGCAAACAAUGAAGCUAUAUUAUUGAAGCAUGAGAAAAAAUUCCCCCAAGACCAGUGGAAUCAAUUGCGUGUCAGCAGCAGUCUGCUAAAUAACCAAAAAACGAAUAGUAUAAUUGACAACCAACAAACAUCUGAAGCAAAACCUGUGAAUAAUUUAGUAAGAAAUAACCUAUGCAUUAGAACACAUAGUAAACAAAACACAAAGGUAAAGAAUACAAUCAAUGUUAAUUCAAAACGUGACGAGAGCAUAACAGAUAAUAUACCAAGUGAAAGCGAUAGAAAACCUUUUCUUUCCUGGAUUGCUGAUUUUUAUCAGACAAAAAAUCUAAAUAGAACCAUCAUUCAGCACAAUAAUACACAACACAUAGUUGAUGACAUCUCGGAUAAAGCAAAGGAAACAAAUUUUAGCACACAUGCUUUUUUGCCAAAAAGUAUAAAUAGCAGUCAACAUCAGGUACAUUACGUUAAUCCUAGAUUGGAAGCGCCUGUUAAUAACGCAUGGAAACUACGUUUUUGUGCUAACACCCGCAUAUCUAGAAGAAUUAAUAUAUGCAAAUCUCAAAGAAAUAAGUAUGCAAUUAAACGUAUUAUCCAGGAGGAGUAUGAGAUAAAACGAACCAUGGCUGUGGUUCUUUUAGGGGUAUCACUGCUUUCUUUAUUUCUAAUUCUUUGUAAUUAUUUAAAAUGUCUUUGAGCUAGCAUUUCUUUUUCAAGAUCAUAGUUUAAUUAUGGUGUAAUAUAAAAUAGUGUUGUACUUAGACACUUUGUAUAUCACAAUAUGGAAUGAAUGUUUUUGUAUAAAUUGUGCAGCAUUAUUUUUUGUUAAAAUACCAAAUAAAGUUGAAAGAUUUUUGUAAA